AGGAAACACAACCGGAGUGGGAGAGAGUUUAAAAAACGUCUCUGCUUUAAUCCACAUUUUCAGCAGCAACGCUCGAGUGGAGGCCACGUGUUUGCAGACGGACCGGGACCAGAACCAGAACCAGGAGAUGGACCUGGACCAGAACCAGAACCAGGAGAUGGACCUGGACCAGAACCAGGACUCCUCAUCCAGCAGGACUAAAGCUGCUGGUCUGCAGAAUCCUAAAGGAAGACCCCAAAGAUACAGUUGUGAUCAUUCCGAGCAACUCUUCACCACUUCAUCAAACCUGAAGAUCCAUAAGAAAAGUCACACUGGUGAUGAACUGUACAGCUGUGAUCACUGCGGGGUGGCUUUUACCCAACAAUUUGAUCUAAUAAACCACCAACGUAUUCACACUGGAGGAGACAAGCCUUACAGGUGUGAUCUGUGUGGAGCGGCUUUUGCCAGGAAAAGUUCUCUAACGACUCACCAACGCAUUCACACUGGAGACAAGCCUUACAGCUGUGAUCAGUGUGGAGCGGCUUUUGCCCGGCAAGAUGCUCUAAGGAGACAUCAACGUAUUCACACUAGAGACAAGCCUUACAUCUGUGAUCAGUGUGGAGUCGCUUUUGCCCACCAAAGUUCUCUAACGACUCACCAACGCAUUCACACUGUAGACAAGCCUUACAGAUGUGGUCAGUGUGGAGCGGCUUUUACCCAGCAAGGUCACCUAACGAGUCACCAACGCAUUCACACUAGAGACAAGCCUUACAGAUGUGGUCAGUGUGGAGCGGCUUUUGCCCGGCAAGCUCAUUUGACGAGACAUCAACACAUUCACACUGGAUUCAAGCCUUACAGGUGGGAUCAGUGUGGAGCGGCUUUUGCCGAGCAAGGUGCUCUAACGAGACACCAACGUAUUCACACUGGAGAAAAAGUGUACAUUUGUUGAUCAUACUUGUCAGGGUUUGACAUUUCAUGUUGACAUUUCCUGUUUUAUUUGAAAGCCCAUGUCCUUGUGUUUAAAUUCUUGUCUGACCUUCCUGUUUCCAUCUGCCCUGAUCGUCUGCACCUGUGUCUCGUUAACCUUUGUGUAUAUCUGGUCUUGUCUUUCCCCUGCUCCUUGCUGGUCCGUACUGUUUUGCCCUCCAUGUUUUUCCCAUCAGGUUUUGUCAUAGCUUUGGAUUCUUGUUCACAGUUUGGUUUUUGUAUACUGCUUAACAGCGUUUUUGGUUCUGUUUUUAAGUUAAUAAAUCAGUUUUUGGGAACUCCUGCCUCCUGCUCUCCUGUAUCUGGGUCCUCACUACAACCUCCUGACAGUACCAGUGCACUCCCAGUUUUACACCAGUGCAAUACCAACUCAAUUCACUUGUAUUUCCAUUUUCACACUUACGCCGAUGACACUCAGAUAUAUAUCUCGUCCAACCCCACCGCUGCCAUUCCUCCCGCUUCCCUCAGCACCUGCCUACACGACAUCAAUACCUGGAUGAGCAAUAACUUCCUAAAACUCAACGGCAAUAAAACUGAGGCUCUUCUCAUCGGCUCCAAAUCCACCCUCACCAAGUCACAACCCUCUCCCGCCCCUCCCAUCAUCAUCGACGGCUUCCCGGUACCCUUUUCCCCCCACGUCAAGAGUCUCGGCGUCAUUCUGGACAAUACACUCUCAUUUGCACCUCACAUCCACAACAUCACCCGGACUGCAUUCUUCCACCUCCGCAACAUCUCCAGACUCCGUCCAGCACUGUCCCAAUCCAGCACCGAAAUUCUGGUCCACUCAUUCGUCACAUCCCGUAUCGAUUACUGUAAUGCUCUCCUCACUGGCCUCCCAACCAAACUCACCAACAAACUACAACUCAUUCAGAACUCGGCCGCCCGGAUCAUCACCCGCAUCAAGUCAUCUGACCACAUCACCCCCGUCCUUAUCCAACUCCACUGGCUCCCAGUCCAAUACCGCAUCAUUUACAAAAACCUCCUCCUCACCCACAAAGCUCUUCACAACCUAGCCCCCACCUACCUCUGUGACUUACUGAAAGAAUACACCCCCUCCCGUACCCUCCGCUCAACCUCUGCUGGACUUCUUUUCACUCCCACCUCACACCUUAGCAGCAUGGGUGCCCGAGCUUUCAGUUGUACGGCACCCAGACUCUGGAACUCCCUCCCCCCACACAUAAGACAAAUAGACUCCAUCACCACAUUCAAAACGCAACUCAAGACUCACCUGUUUAAACUUGCCCAUUCACUUUGACCGGUCACCACACACUACUUCCCACCAUACUGUUGCGUUACCUGUACUGUUGCACCUCGGUUGUCCAUUGUAUAUGUGUCUGUAUUAUAAUUUCCAUUGUAUUUCUAUUGUAUUUCCUGUAUUUGUAUUUCUAUUGUAUUUUUGUUUUGUUUUAUUCUGUAAGGUGAC